AGAGUUGUCCUCCUGGCCGCCAUUAAAGAAUUCAAUCCAUGAACUGAAAUAAUGGAAAUCUGCAGGAGCCAUGGAAUCAGGCAGAGGAAAAGUAGCCGAUGAGUAGUCUCGCAAAUUUGGCAUUUUUAUCCGUUCCAAGAGUAGUUUUACUAUGACGGAGCACUGGGAUGGUUUUAGCGAAAAGGAGGCCGGUGUAGCUAAUUGUUUUAUUUAGCUUUAGCAGGCUAGCGUUGGAGCUGUGGUAUGUUAGCUUUUGUGCUAGCAGACUAGCAGAGAUCAGGGGGAGGGGAGAGUUCCUCUGCUUUGAAAUUGUUUCAGAUCAGCUAGCUGCCAUUAGCAUUAGCAUUAGCACACCAGGGACUAAGCUUUUGGGGUGAAGUUUUUUUUUAGUUUUCGAGCUCGUAUUUUUUUAUUGCGCAUCUAACUUUUCCGGUGUUUCAUUUUUAGUCUGUUCAGGUCAUGUUAACGUUGACUAUUUGAUGUUAAAGGUAAUGUAGCAGCAGAGCUAACCAGAUCAGACAAUACAUUUCAAAUAGGAUUGAUGAGUCGAAUAGCUUACAGUUGACGCUAUCUGGCUGCCUGUUAGCUUAGCUGCCGGGCUAGUAGCGGCUAGAAGUUGUCUUGGUUGACUAGCGCUUUAACGGGGGUAAUUACACCUGAACACCGCUUCAGCGAGUUAACUAGACCAGCUAUUGCCCUCCGAUGGUGAUUGAGACAAUGGACUGUAACGUUAUAACAACGCAGUGAAAGGAUGAGUUCGUGCUUUGUACCAAACGGGGCCAGUUUGGAGGACUGCCACUCCAAUCUCUUCUGCCUGGCCGAUUUGACUGGAAUAAAAUGGCGGCGUUUUGUGUGGCAAGGACCCACCUCUUCACCCAUCCUUUUCCCUGUGACCGAGGAGGACCCUAUCUUGUGUAGUUUCAGCCGAUGCCUGGCGGCAGAUGUGCUGAGUGUGUGGAGAAGGCACCACACCCCUGGUCGCAGAGAGCUCUGGCUUUUCUGGUGGGGGGAUGACCCCAGUUUUGCCGAGCUUAUCCAUAAUGAGCUCUCAAGUGAGGAGGAUGGUGAGUGGGAGAGCGGCCUGUCCUACGAGUGUCGAACGCUUCUCUUCAAAGCCAUCCACAACCUGCUGGAGCGGUGUCUCAUGAACCGCGGCUUUGUUCGCAUCGGCAAGUGGUUUGUUAAGCCAUACCAAAAGGAGGAGAAGACCAUUAAUAAAAGCGAGCACCUGUCUUGCGCAUUCACCUUCUUCGUACACGGUGACAGCAACGUGUGCACGAGUGUGGAGAUCGCUCAACACCAGCCUCUUCAGCGACUUAACGAGGAGCAUCUCAGCCUCGCCCAGCAGAACUCCAGCCCCUUGCAAGUCAUCUUGAGCCCGUACGGCUUGAAUGGGACCCUCACCGGUCAGGCUUUUAAGAUGUCAGACCACCCUACUCAGAAGCUCAUAGAAGAGUGGAGGCAGUUUUAUCCCAUCAGCCCAAAUCCCAAGGACGUCCAGGAAGACAAGAUGGAGGACACAGACUGGGAGGAUGACUCCCUAGCAGCUGUGGAGGUCCUUGUUGCGGGAGUAAGGAUGGUGUACCCUUCCUGCCUGGUGCUUCUCCCCCUGUCGGAGCUCCCUGCUGUGGUCCCUCAGGGCUCAGUCAACACCUCAGGAAGCCUGUGUGGUGCUCAGCAGGGCCAGGCUGCUCACAGAGACCCUGCCAUGUCCUCCGUCACUCUGACUCCUCCAACAUCACCAGAAGAAGCUCAGACUGAUUAUCAGCCUGCCCAGAGGUGGCUCAAGUUGUCUUCUGCAUCGGAUGGCUACAGCUCUAACAACACUCUUCAUGGGGGUAAAAUCCCUCGCAGGCUGGCCAGCCAGAUGGUGGAGUCUGUGUGGCAGGAGUAUAACAUAAACCGUACAGGGAACAAGAGGAAGUUUACUACGUUGACGAACGGGACCUGUGAGGAGGAGUCGGACAAAACUGGACUAUGGGAUUUUGUGGAAUGUACUCACAGGCCGCAUUGCAACUGCUCAAGACAUAAGAAUCAGAAACAGCGCUCCAGCAGCACCUCAGGACACACGCCUUCAUCAGGCCAGCCCGCCCAGCCGGCCCCCAAGCACAAGCUGGGCGAGAAGCUGGAAAAGGGGGAGAAGCAGCAGAAGAGGCCGCAGACGCCUUUUCACCACCGCAACUCUGUGAGCGAGGAUCAGUCCCUGGAGCCACAGACCCAGAGGCUUUGUUUAAGAUCACAGGAGGAGGGCUCGUACCCCAGCCUGCACCACGUGGACACGGUGCCCUCCAAAGCCCCUACGCUGCACACGCACGGUCCCUCCGCAGACCUCGUCGGAUCGCCGCCUCCCCCUCCACUCAGCCCGCAUCCCUGCGAUCACGUGGAAGGUGACAUGACUCCAGGUGGCAUGAAGAGCUCGUCCACGCCUAUUCACCAACCGUUCUACCCGCCCUCAGUGGAGCCCUGUCUGCUGCCACAGAAGGGCUCAUCUGAGGAGCCUCAGCUGGAGAACAUGCCUAUGCCUCUGCCCUUCCCCCCAGCCUACAGCGAAACUUUGGAACCCACCAUCUUCGUGGGUUCAGCCAUCAACCCCAAUGAGGACUCCACCCACAACCCUUGGAAGUAUUUCAACCUGCCCAGGAAGAAGGCCACCAACUUCCUGACGCCCCAGCUACCUGUGGAUAAAAUACGAGACGAUUCUGGGGGAGGCGGGGGAACAGAAAACGUAGUGUCCGUCACAGAGGUGAUGUCGGGCUCCAUGCACCCCCUCAAGGUGUCCCAGGAGCUGGUCAAGACUUACGCCCAGCGGAGAAACAGCCAUCUUGCCUCCGCCACAGUAGACGGAGAACACAGUGAGGAGCCAGACCCGUACGCCUUCGAAGAGGGAGACGAGGAGUUCAGCUUCACCGAGAAGAAGGACAAGCCAGGAGCUGAGAGAGAGGGCAACAAGAAACACAAGGUGGACGAAGGAAGUGGAACAGCAGACGAUGGUCAGGGUCCAUCAGGCAGUAAACCUUCAGCCUCCACCAGCCUUAUCCAUGAGAACGACUUGGCCGUGUCCUACAGCGACCUGGAUAAAAUCUUCAAUUCGGAUGAAGAUGAGCUAGCGCCUGGAUCCAAAAGAGCAGGAGCUGGUACAGAGGACAAGUUUGGCUGUAAAGAUCCGAAAUCAGCCACGUCGGACCCCUUGUCUUGCAUAAGCUCAGCAGACCUGCACCAGAUGUUUCCCACCCCGCCCUCCCUGGAGCAGCAGGGUUACUCUCCCAUGAACUCCGGGAGCAAGGACAGCCUGGAAGCAGGGACGGGCCUGUUGGACGGCAGCCAACUCAACAACCACUUCAAGAUGGAGGUGGAGGAGGGAUUCUGCAGCCCGAAGCCAUCUGAAAUAAAGGACUUUUCCUUUGUUUACAAGCCCGAGACGUGUCAGUUGUUAAUCGGCUGUUCCAUGUACGCACCCCUGAAGACACUACCCAGCCAGUGUUUGUUGCCUAUGAAACUGCCAGAAGACUGUGUGUACACGCCCAGCUGGACCAUGGGCAAAAUGGAACUGAUGCCCCCAGUAACGAAUGUCAACCUCCUCACCAAAGACAGUAACGUCCCCAGCGUGGAGCCGGACUACAGUCAGACCUACACCCCUCAGACCCACACACCCUUCAUGUCCAGCAGUGCCCCGCCAAGCAACAGCGGCACAGGCAUCCUGCCCUCCCCAGCCACGCCACGGUUCUCCGUGCCCACGCCUCGCACACCACGCACUCCACGAACUCCCCGCGGCCCGUCGAGCGUCCAGGGCUCACUCAAAUAUGACAACUCUGACCUUUACUCUCCCGCCUCCACUGCCUCCACCUGCCGACCGCUCAGCUCCGUUGAGCCGGCCACCGUACCUUCCAUCCCCGAGGCUCACAGCCUCUAUGUCACCCUCAUCCUCUCCGAGUCAGUCAUGAACCUCUUCAAGGACUGCAACUUUGAUAGUUGCUGCGUUUGCGUCUGCAACAUGAACAUCAGAGGAGCAGAUGUAGGCGUGUACCUCAAGGACAAUGGCGAGGCCCAGUACCCCUGCACUUGUGGCUUUAGCGCCGUCACCAACCGGCGCUUUGGCCAAUCGGCAGGGCUGUUUCUGGAGGACGAGCUGGACGUGGUGGUACGGGGCUCGGACUCUAGUCGGGACACCGAGCGGUGUUUCGAAGAGCUGCGAGCUUCAACGGCGCACAAGGCUGGCAGCCUGACGGAGAAACCUCCAGAUGAGCUAAUCCUACUGCUGCAGGACCAGUGCACCAACCCUUUUGCCCCGAUGGCAGGCGUGGAGUACCCCAAGCAGAGCUCAGCCCCCAGUUCAUUUCUGAGGGUGGAAGAGAGAGACUGUUAUAAUGACUGUUACAUGGCUUUGGAGCACGGCAGGCAGUUCAUGGACAAUAUGUCAGGAGGCAAAGUAGAUGAAACACUAGUGAAAAGCACCUGUCUCCAUCAGUGGCCAAAAUGCAAAUCAGCAGACAUGAGCAAACUAUUCUCUCAGGACGUCCUGCGGGUGUUGUUGUCCCUCCAGCCUGUGCUGCAGGACACCAUUCAGAAGAAGAGGAGUGUUCGCUCCUGGGGCGUUCAGGGACCGCUCACUUGGCAGCAGUUCCACAAGAUGGCUGGGAGGGGAUCAUAUGGUACAGAUGAGUCUCCCGAGCCUCUGCCCAUCCCCACUUUUCUGGUCGGUUAUGAGUAUGAUUUUGUGGUGCUGUCUCCUUUUGGGUUGCCCUACUGGGAAAAGCUUCUUCUGGAUCCUUUUGGUUCCCAGAGAGAUGUGGGAUAUGUUGUCAUCUGCCCAGAAAACGAAGCCCUGCUCCGCGGAGCAAAGACCUUCUUCAAAGAUCUAAGUGCUAUGUAUGAGGCAUGCCAGCUUGGGCAACACAGGCCCAUCUGUAAGAAUCACCCAGAGGGCGUAUUGAAGGUCGGCACCACAGAAGGCAGGAGCAUGACAGAGCAGCCCCUUAGUGACUGGUUCCUCAAGAUGGCUGCCAGAGAGGGAAACAAUGACGCCUUUAAUAAGCUCAAACUCUUUGCUCAAGUGUGCCGCUAUGAUCUAGCUCCAUACCUGUCAGAGCAAUCUUUGGAUGGUUCCCUAUUGUCCCAGCGCAGUCCUUCUGUGGCCUCCUCCUCCUCCCAGACCUCCAGCUCUUCCAGCGCCUCCUCAGGACCCCAGAGCACCAACACUACCAGCUCCAGCACCAGCUCUGCCCAGGUCAACAGCACCCCUCCCUCCUCCUCCUCAGGCUCCCAGACUAUCGGGGGAAUGGCCUCGGCCAAGCCAAGCUCUUACUCGCCGUUUGGGACGGCAGGCUUGCAGAGCAGCACGUCACAGAAUGGACCCCAGUCAAACCCACAGGGUGCAGGGGGGCUGGCAGAAAACGGACCCUCUGCCAACCAGCCUCAGGGGCCCACUGAGGCGCCAGAGAGCACAAUGGAGAGAGACAAAGUGGGGAAGCCAACAGAUGGAGAAUCCCACGCUGUGUCUUACCCGCCUGCCAUCGUGGUGUAUAUCGUCGACCCCUUUAGCUACGAAGACGCCGACAGAGAGGUCCACUCCAGCGCCUACACACUGGGCCUACUGCGCUGCUACAUGGAGAUGCUUCAGUUCCUGCCUGCUUACAUCAGAAACGCCGUCUCCGUACAGAUUGUUCCCUGCCAGUAUCUGCUGCAGCCAGUGCGCACUGGGGAGCGUCACCUCUACGGCCAGCACCUCAAGUCGCUGGCCUUCUCUGUGUUCACUCAGUGUCGCCGGCCUCUGCCCAACUCCACCAACUUCAAGGCUCUGACCGGCUUUGGCCCUGGUCUUGCCAUCGACAUGGCACUCAAGAACCCAGAGAGGCCCGAGUGUCUGCGCCUGUAUACGCCGCCCUUCAUUUUGGCUCCGGUGAAAGACAAGCAGACUGAGCUCGGGGAGACGUUUGGCGAGGCCUCACAGAAGUACAACGUCCUGUUUGUGGGCUACUGCCUGUCUCAUGACCAGCGCUGGCUGCUGGCCUCCUGCACCGACCAACACGGAGAACUGCUGGAGACCUGCAUCAUUAGUAUUGAUGUACCCAAUAGGGCCCGAAGGAAAAAGGGCUCAGCCAGGCGAGUGGGUUUGCAGAAGCUGUGGGAGUGGUGUCUCGGCCUGGUGCAGGUGACAUCGCUACCAUGGAGGGUGGUCAUUGGGCGACUUGGUAGAAUGGGCCACGGCGAGCUAAGAGAUUGGAGUAUUCUGCUGAGCAGGAGGAACUUGCAGUCUCUCAGUAAACGUCUGAAGGAGACCUGUAGGAUGUGUGGCAUCUCUGCUGCUGACACUCCCAGCAUCCUUAGCGCCUGUCUGGUUGCUAUGGAGCCCCAGGGUUCCUUUGUCAUCAUGCCAGAUUCUGUGUCGACAGGUUCAGUGUUUGGUCGCAGCACCACACUCAACAUGCAGACAUCGCAGCUGAGCACACCUCAGGACACAUCCUGCACACACAUCCUGGUGUUCCCCACCUCAGCCAUGGUGCAGGUCAACACUAACACUGCAGAGCCCAUUGACAUCAACUUCAAUCCCAUAAAUCCUGAUGGAUCUGAUGGAAUGGGCCUUUUUGACCUUUUCGACAACGACAUGGUGGAUCCAGAUCUCAUCAACAUCCUGCCCAACUCCCCCACAACGUCGCCUGUUCACUCUCCUGGCUCCCACUACCACCAGGGGGGAGAGGGAAGCAAGGGCCAGAGUGCCGACCGUAUGGAGUCCCAUGAGGAGGCUCUGAACAUCCUGCAGCAGCCGAUGGCUCUGGGCUACUUCAUCUCCACUGCCAAGGCUGGACCACUGCCUGACUGGUUCUGGUCGGCCUGCCCUCAAGCCCAGAACCAGUGCCCACUCUUCCUUAAGGCCUCUCUGCACCUGCACGUGUCUUCUGUCCAAUCAGACGAGCUUCUGCACAGUAAGCACUCCCACCCCCUGGACUCCAACCACACCUCUGAUGUGCUCAGAUUUGUUCUAGAGCAAUACAACGCCCUCUCCUGGCUGACGUGCGACCCUGCGACCCAGGACCGACGCUCCUGUCUGCCCGUUCACUUCGUGGUGCUCACCCAGAUGUACAACUUUAUCAUGAACAUGCUCUGAACUCUAACGGGAUCAAACUGCGGAGAUUUGAUUGGAUGGCUCGCUCAGUCGAAUCGUGGAUUUCCUGCUACAAAGGAUCCUCGACACUCAAAGGACCUCACACUCCAUCAGGGCAAAUGUGGAGGAAGGCCCCCCUCCUCUUCUUCCUCCCCGUCGGUUUAUCUCACACAACACUGACUGCCUGACUGCAAGUUUCCAAACAAUCAAUCAAUCAGAUGCCAAGAAUCCAUUUUAGCAUUUUGGAAGAUCAAGGGACGUUUCAUAAAGGAGAAUAAAUUGUCUUUUUAAUGACUGUAGAUUGCAAUCUAUGAAAUUUUAUCUUAAUGAAAUGCCUGCAUAUAUUAUUUAUUGUAAGUUUUUAAAUGUGGAAUUUUUAAUGCUUAAUAUCUUUUAUAUAUUACAAAUCCUAGAGGGUGUGUACAUCUCACUGUAAAGGAAUUGGUUUAAAAAGUGUAAUUUUCUCAAUUACAACACGGAAAAACCUGUUCAAGUGAAUUUGCUGUAGAUUGCUUUUAGAAUAUUAUUUUUUCAAAGGGUACAGACCUUUUUAUUGCCAUGCUGUAAAAAUGAAGUAAAAGCUGGCCUGGGCAUUUGUGUCCCACCCAAUGAGUGGAUGAGACUUACCUCUCUGUCUGCUUUGGCUCCAGAGUCUCUCGCACAGUAACUCAAUGAGCUCUGAAGAGGAAUUAAAAGGUACAUUGUCAGAUUAUAUAUUUUAUAUAACAGAUUUAGGUAAUUGUGUGUGUAUAUGUGUACAUAUAAUUGUGUGCCGCUACUGAUGGUGCAGCUUCUGUUUUAGGAAUAAAGUGCGUCUACCUUAA